AUGAAAGAAAAGCAGCGAAGUGACUCGUUUAAGCGGCAGGAUUUUGCGCACAGAAAGACGUCGUACAACGACUUCAUGACUCCAAAAGAGAAGGAGUUUGUUGCGUUUUUAUUCGAUAGAAUAAACAGGAAGAAAGAAAGAGUUUCUCCAGACUUCUACACACAGGACAGAGUAGCCCUCCCAGAGCUCAAAAAGAAGGAGGCGAUCGAAGAAGAAGCGGUUUUUGAAGGAGUCCUUGGAAAAGCCAUUCGAAAAUCCACUAAAAAGUCGAUUGUAGCACAAAAUACAAGCGAAAAUAACGGGAUUUUUAUUAAAAAGUUGAUAGCAAGAGGGAAGAUAGAAGAGGUGUAUGAUCUUCUGAACAGAAAGGAGAUGUUUAUAGGAGAAGAAGAGCAUGCGGAGGACAACACAGACGAAGUGCUGUCACGAAUAAAAGAGAUAGGCGAGGAUCUCUUCAACACAGAGAAAGGAGUGCAGCUGCUGGACAGAGUGCUAUUCCUUGAAAACGAUAAGGAAAAAUACUCAAAAACAGUUGUAUCGAUACUAAUGAACCGAAUACGGUACAUUUACUACACGCCCGAGCUGUGCGACUUUGUAAGCAAACUGAUUCCUGUGCUGAAAGAGUCCAUAGAAGUCCUAAAAAGCAUAAAGCCAAAUAAGCUAGCGGACAUGUUCCUCACAAACACUGCAGGCGUGCUCAUAGGACACAUUGUUCUUCUGAUAUUCAAAAAAGAAGACCCCGCCCUAUUCUCUGAUGUGUGCACGGAGAUUCCAAAGAUACUCACAGACGCCUGCAUCAAAAGAGCAUUUACAAAGAUACCACAUCCUCUGCUGUGGAGGCUUCUUUCGGUGUCGUCAAAGAAAAUGCCUUCUCCAGAAAUAUCACAGCUUAAAAAAAGACUAGAAGCUCAGAUAGCAGAGGGACUCAAAAGCCGAUCAUCUGUUGUUAUUGAGAACAUACGAAUCUUUACAAAAAGGUGUCCGUAA